AUGCUCCUUCCCUUCCCCUUCCCUGCUCCUCCUCCCAUGUCCGACUCAGAAUUACAAUGUGGCUCACCAAAUGCUGUAGAUGAACAUCUGCCUUUGAGGAUCGCUUCCAUCUUUGUCAUUGGAAUCGGCUCUACCCUCGGUGCUUUAUUUCCUGUCCUAGCGAGUUGUUCGAGAUUUAUGAGCGUUCCGAUAGCACUAUUUGAGUUCGCCAAAUAUUUUGGUUCUGGUGUGAUUAUUGCCACUGCGUUUAUUCAUCUGCUAGCACCAGCACUAGAAGCGUUUGAGUCUGGAUGUGUAGGAGAAAGAUGGUCAGAUUAUCCCUACGCCCUGGCUCUGUGUAUGCUCAGUAUAUUCCUCCUCUUCCUCGUCGAAGUUAUUGCUUUCCGAUGGGGAACCGCCAAGUUAGCCAAGCUCGGUGCAACAUACGACAAACAUGGUCACGAAGCAGGCGGCACCCAGGCUGCACAUAGACCGGAAGACGACACCAACAGGGCAAAGGGGCCCUUCGUCAAUGCGGAGAAGAAGCACCAUCAUCACCAUCACCAUCACCAUGCCUACGACGUUCAAGCCAAAACGACAACUGCAUCCACGUCCGCCCCGAAACCCCACGCCCACGGAGUUCUCAAUAACCCACUAGCUCAGAUAAUCGGAAUUGCGAUCCUCGAGUUUGGCGUGGUCCUGCAUAGUGUGUUGAUUGGUCUGACAUUGGCAGUGGACGAACAGUUUAAGGUCCUGUUUAUCGUUUUGGCCUUCCAUCAAACGUUCGAAGGUUUAGGAUUGGGCUCAAGACUUGCAUAUCUCGAACUGCCUGCAUCGUACCGACACGUUCCUAUAGUCGCUGUGAUAGUGUACGGCCUCACAACCCCGAUCGGUAUCGCAAUUGGAUUAGGCGUGCGGAAUACGUACAACCCUGGAAGUGCGACCGCGAGUAUCGUCUCUGGGACCCUGGAUUCGCUGAGUGCAGGGACCUUGAUUUACACCGGGCUUGUCGAGCUCCUCGCGCAUGAAUUCUUGUUUAACAAGGAGAUGAUGAACACGUCGAAUAAAAAACUGGCGUGUGCCCUUGGAUCUAUGAUUCUUGGGUGGGGGGUGAUGUCGUUGCUGGGUAAAUGGACUUAA